AUGUCGACACUAGCGGCGCCAGUAAACCACAAUAGCAAGAACCCCUCAAUGACCAAUCGAGGGCAAAACAGGACAAAAACCCUAGCUAGUUUUACAAUUCACGACGACAAUCCUAUCGUUGUUGUGCUCGAUCCAGAAUACCCGAAUCGUAGACGCGCGAAUACUGAGGUCUUAGACCGACGCGGUUUGGUAUGGAGUGAGGAACAGAGAAAUUGGUUGCUUCUCGCUCCACGGCCAUCAACAACCCAGCCCAUCAGGUCCACAACAAUAGACCCUUCGCAGCCAAGUCGGGAAGCGCACGGAUACGUCGUGCGACUAGAUCUAGGAGGUCAAGCCUCUAGUCAAGUUCACCAAUAUCAUGCACGCUCGGCCACAUCGAUAUCAAGCACAAUACCGCCAAUACCGCCAAUACCAAGACGUGAGGAGAUAUCGCGUCCACCAAAUUCUGGUCAGGAGGGUGGUGGUCCUACACGACCUGUGAACCAGUACACUGGUAAUUGGUCCCCAGCACGCGAUCCUGCUUUCACCACAGAGUUUGCGCGUGCUAUGGCGGCGGAUGAUGAUGAUGAUAAUGGUGAAAGGACUAACGAUAGUGAAGAGUUGACAUCUUCUCUAGCACCUGAGGAUGCAAAUCUAGGAGUGGAGCUGGGCGCUGCUGUUACUGCUGCUGCUGAUGCUACUGCUGCUACUGCCGUUCCCGAGGCCCCCAAGAAGCGAAAGCGUGAUAUCUUUAGGGAUGUCUUUCAGGGAUUUACAAGUCGCCUAAGUCGAAGAAGUAGAGAAGAUCGGGACCAGGGUAGUGGAGGGGAUGGUCGGUCUUAG